GGCGUGGGUAGGCAGAGUCUUGCAGCCUCGCGGAGUAAAACCACUUGUUAUUAUGGGGUUGAUUCGGACGGGGCGUACCGAGUGAGUGAGUGAGUGCAAGUUGUGUUUUUGAAAGCUGUGUCAUCUGCGAGAAGUUUCUUGGAACCUCGCCAGCGAAGUGGCUGUGAAGUUCUUUCAAGCUAUUUCUUCCUGUGUUGCAACAAGUCAUCUGAUACCGCGAUUCACAAAGAAGGGAUUAUUUCUGUUGGUUGCUGAUUUAUUCUGAUGUGAAAUGCAGUGUUUUGCCCCAAGGCGCAAUGAAACGUGUUCCACAUUAAGGUUUCUGUUCAUAUUUCUCUUAAGGACUGCCCUUUGUGAGUGACGUUUCCAAGAAUAGCUGUGUAGGUGGCAGAUGAUCUGCGCACAGUUAACAGCGCGUGAUCCGGAAGGUGAGAGAAUUGCAGUGUCGACGUAAUGGAUCAGAAGGCGGUCCUGUAGUCGACGACCGCGUAGCACGUAGUUUGCAUGCGUUCGACUGUUCGUGUAUGCAAAUGGGUCGCGGCGAACGUGCGAUCCUCUCCACUCUCCCUUCACUUGGAGCCGAUCUCGCAGAGCGGAAUUGUCUCUUGUGCGUUACAAUACAAGGCUGAACCUCUCGAGGAGCAAUGCCUGGGUCGGCAGCGCCAGUGGUAGAAGCUGGAAGCAGCGGUGAUCCCUCGAUUGAAACAGACCUGGCGGCCAUAAGGAGGCUGCUGGACAGUGAGGCGGCUGCAGGCACUUGCCCCAGCUGUAACAUGCCGUUCGACAAGGGCAAGAAGAGGAAGCUGAUCGACUCUUGCGGCCACGAGCGCUGCUACUCCUGCAUGUUCCGCAACGAGGCCUGUCCGCUGUGCGCCGCCAACGCUAACCCCACCAAGAAGGUUCUGGGGUGCCCUCCUGGAUUGCAGGGGUCCGAACUGACCCUGUACGGCGAGGUCAAGGGUUCAGCGGGUGUGCAGUCAAGGUCGAAGGUUAAGACUAAUGGCCACUUUACAUCCUACAUGCAGGCGAGACAGGAGUGGCCGUCGCCCAGCGGACUGCCGAGGACCCGGCCCCCGCUCCGCAGUCCUGCCACCAUGACACAGAGUUGCCCAACACCACCGCAGAGCCGACGGAGAUUCUUCCUCGGUCCCAAGUCUUUGAGGAGCCCUUGGAAUCAGCGCGGAGGCAGCGGACCAAGAGUCCCGGCUGACGGCGUGGACAACCCUUCUGCACUCUCUGCUUCCAUGACGUCUUCGACAGAGAGCCGAUACUGGGCCAGCUACGUCCUCAACAAGAUCAAGUCUCUGUGGUUUGUGGGCGGAAGUAAUGUGGGGUUGAACCAGCUGGCGGCAUCUGCAACAGAUGAUGAAGGUGGCACAAUAAAGCCGGUGUCUCACGGAAAGCAGUCCUCGCAGAAUGAUCUGUAUAUGCGCUUGGGUCUCCUGCUGGGGGACGGUGCCCGCCAUUCUGCGAGAGCGGCUCGGUCCCCGCCGCGUCGACCCGGGUCUGCGGCCAAUCGCAGCUCUCACAGCCAUGAGUCGUGCGCUUCAUUUUCCUCGUUGGCUAGUCUGGAGGCUCAUACGCUUGCUUCCACAAAUACUAGCCCUGUGUCCACACUUACAGGUUCUUCAGAGGUAGAUGUUCACGGUCAUACCCGGACGCUGAAGGACCCGUCAUCGGACAGCAUCACGUCUCUCAUGUCCGUGUCUGGCCAGAGUAACUGUUCGUCUAGUCCUGUUAGCAGGAGACACUCUGUCACUACGUCUCAGCCUGGACAGGUAGAGGAACUGAACGUCUUCAAGAACCGGAGAACCUCAAUACGCAGGUCUGCUCGCACUGGCUCAGUUAAGGGGCCGAUUGAUCCGAAAGUUCGGUUUGCGCAGUACCGUGUGCCGCAGCUCACUCUGAAGCCCCUGUUCUUUGAGGUGCCCCUGCAGGAACCUGACCCCCUGUUCUUGGGUCGCCACUGGCUUAUUCGUGAGAUGGAGGAGUCCCUGGGUUCAGCGAGUCCUGGAGUUCUUAUUUCCGGCAGCCCUGGCACUGGGAAGUCGGCCCUAAUCCUGCAGCUGGUGGAUUACAGUUGCUUUGGGAGGAGGAGGGACCCCACGUAUCAGCAAGAUCCGUUUGUGUGCAAUGGGAAAGACAGGCCUGGUGGGUCUCAGAGCAUUUACUGCCAAAUCAGUCUAGUCUCGGAGAGGAUUCGCCACCUAGCCUCGCACGUUGUUGCAUAUCAUUUCUGUCAGGCUGAUAACAACAACACGUGCCUUGUGCCUGACUUCAUCCACUCACUGGCGGCUCAGCUGUGCCAGGCUCCCCAGCUGCUGGCAUACAGGGAGUACCUCCUGAGUGAGCCACACCUUCAGGGUGCUGUGUCUAUCAAGGAGUGCAUUGCAGACCCUGACUUAGCAUUUGCAAGAGGCGUUCUAGAGCCACUGAGCAAUCUGCGACACAUAGGCAAGAUUCCCAAUGAGAAUUGCAUCAUUCUAGUGGAUGCCCUCUGUGAGGCGGAGUACCACCGACCUGACCGCGGAGACACGCUUGCCUCGUUCCUUGUACGCCAUUCACCGCAUUUUCCAUCAUGGCUGAAAAUUGUCGCCACAGUCCGAACGCAGCUGCAAGAAGUAACCAGUGAGCUUCCAUACUACAGGAUCAGUCUUGACAAGGUCAGUUCAAAUGAGAACCUGCAGAAGGACCUACUGGACUACAUUAACUUCCGUCUGAACAACAGCCCCAGCAUCCAGAGUAAUGUGGCGUCGACUUCAGGGAAGCUGGACGGUGGUUCCAGUUCGCAGUUCCGUUUCUCUCAGCACCUGCUUGGGCUGAGUCGUGGGUCCUUCCUCUUUGCCAAACUGACACUAGAUUUGCUGGAGAGAGGACACUUGGUGGCCAAGUCUUCUGGAUAUAAGGUUCUUCCGGUGUCGUUGGCACAGAUCUUCUUACUGCACUUUAACUUACGCUUCCCAACACUGCGAUCAUUUGAGAAGGUUGCACCCAUUUUGAGCGUGUGUUUAGCAGCCCUCUACCCUCUUACAUUGCUGGAAAUUUAUUAUUCCAUCAACUCUCUGCACACAAACCAGUUCCUGCCAUGGAAUGAAUUUCUCCAGAGGUUCAAGUUGCUGUCAGGUCUAUUGGUGAAGCGACUGGACAACACGUACAUGUUCUUCCACCCGUCAUUCCGAGAAUGGCUCAUCCGUCGCGACGAAGGCGAGAGUCGCAAGUUUCUGUGUGACCUACGUUCAGGUCAUGCUGGUAUUGCGUUGCGGCUCUCUCGCGUUCAAGUUCCUCUUGACGCGGAAAAGACCUUGGAGCUCGGGCAUCACAUUUUGAAAGCGCACGUGUACAAGAAUAUGACAUUGCACAAAUACUCAUCACGUGACCUUCAAGCUCACUGGGUGGCCAGCAGUUCUGAGGACGUGUCAGCGGCCCUCUGCAUGCUCAGAAAUAUCUACAGCCCUAACGUUAAGGUGUCCCGUCUGUUACUGCUGGCUGGGGCUUCUCCCAACCACGUAACUGAGUUCCUGGGCAGUGCACCAGUGCUGUGCAUGUAUGCACAUGAGGGUAUUGCCGAGAUGGUAUCUGUUUUGCUGGAGUUCGGUGCAGAUGUGGAACUGACGAAUAGUCAGGGCUGCACGGCCCUCUCGCUGGCAUCAGCUCGAGGCCACUGUGAGGUCGUGCGCCAGCUAGUGGCGGCUGGGUCAAGCCUGGGACGUGCGGACACGGCUGGCCGUUGCCCCCUGGUCCAUGCUGCGAGGAAUGGCUGCCUAAAUGUGGUUGCCUAUCUGCUGGCAUGUGAUUGGGUGCUUCGCAACCCUGACACAGAAGUGGAGCUGGGCGAGGCUGCGCAACAAGCGUUGGUCGCAGCUGCUGCGCAGGGGCACACCGAGAUUGUGGAGUAUCUCCUGGAUAUGGCAGAAGUGAAGGCAGACGCUCAUGACAUUCUGACCGGAGAAACCGCACUGACAGUUGCGUCCGCUAAUGGCUGCCACAGUGUCUGUACGGCCCUGCUUAUUCGAGGGGCCAGCAUUUCUACUGUCAACAAGAAGGAGAUGGCUCCACUGCUGCUGGCAGUGAAGGAAGGUCAUUGGGCUGUGUCAGAGAGGCUGCUGCAGAGCCAUGCACCUUUGGAACAAUGUGAUCCAGUGGGACGGUCUGCGCUAAUGCUUGCUGCCUCGGAGGGCCAUGUCGGACUGAUUGAAUUGCUCCUGGAUAAGGGGGCGUGUUUGCUGCGGCAGGACCGGGAGGGACUGACUGCCUUGGGUUGGGCUUGUCUCCGUGGGGGAGUGCAGGCUGCCCAAUGCUUACUGGAUCGUGGAGCAAAUGUGAACCACGCAGACAAGACAGGACGCACUCCGCUUGACCUUGCAGCUUUCCAGGGAAAUCCCAUUUUGGUUCAGCUUCUCAUGGAGAGAGGGGCAAUGAUUGAGCACGUGGACAUCAAUGGAAUGCGGCCGCUGGACCGAGCCAUAGGCUGCCGCAACACGCAGGUGGUUCAUUGUUUCCUGCGCAAAGGUGCCAAGCUUGGUCCGGCCACAUGGGCGAUGGCAGCUGGCAAGCCAGAAAUCAUGCUGAUUCUACUGAACAAGCUACUGGAAGAUGGCAAUGUCCUGUACAGGAAGAGCCGCUUGAAAGAGGCUGCUCAUCGUUACCAAUACGCACUCAAGAAAUUCCCCACUGAAGACCUGGGUGAACAUACAGCCACAUUCGAGCAACUUCACAUAAAUUUCCUACUGAACCAGUCGCGCUGUAAACGGAAGAUGGGUGAUUGCCAAGAGGCCGUGGAGUUGGCUAACCAGGUUCUGAAGUUGAAGCCUGAAUCGUUCGAAGCAUUCUAUGCCAGAGCAAAAGCAAGGGUUGAUUUAAGAAUGUUCAAGGAUGCACAGGAUGAUGUGCAGGAGGCUCUACGAGUUGCGCCACCGCACAGUCGAGAAGUGAGGCGAGUGCUGAGCAAAGUCCUAGAUGAAGUCCGCGCUGAGAUGAUGGCACCGCAGUUGGCAGGCCACAGAGGUCUUGCCACGUCAGUCGAUAUGUUGAAUGAGCCCGAAACUCACAUGUGAACUCGACGCGCACUUUCAUCGGCUGUGUAUGAUGCCUUUGAUGAGGCGCAGUUGGGAGAGAGACUGAGGAUUAGAUUUGAGUUCGGAGGUGUCACCAUUUUUCGCAUGAACUGUGAAAUUUGAAUGGGAAGGAAAGUGUGUUUUUGUAACAUUCUUUAUAGUUAGAAUUAUUUGAAUGUUGAAAUUUAUACAUUUUAUCAGUUUUUAUACAACAUUACGUAAUUUUUAACACUAUUGAAUGUAAUUUAUCAUCUGUAUCUGUUGGCUUCAAAAGUGACUAUGUUUGUACAGCCUUUUCUUGUUAAAUAACACAAGAAUAAUUGAACUGUAAAUCUUGAAUACGUACUUUUCUUCCCAGUUCAAAACCUAUUUGAAAUGUCAAAUUUGACCAUGAUAUGUACAUGUAGGAGGGUGCUGUGCUUACAAGUUGCUUUUUGCAGCUAUAAAUAUAUUUCAUGGGUCAUUGUCAGUGGCACCAAAAUUGGCGUGACGUGUUUCUUGGCGCAAGGCAAUAAAAUUAGAUGUGAAGACCGAGUCAAGUUCCUUCUUCAGUGGCAUGUCUGGAGGAAACAUCAUGGCAUUUCUCGAGUUGUACCAGAAGUUUCUUGUUUGCCGCUGACACGUUCAUUACGAUGGUUUGGAUCACGAUAUCUCUUCUCGUAUGUGACGACAUUUUAGUACCAGUGCAGCAAAGAUAAUAUCAUGCUACGUUGAAGUAAGUGCGUAGUAUGUGAUUUUCCAGAGUUCAUUUGUUCUUUCUAAUUAAUUCUGUAGACACAAACGUGAAAGGAGAGUAUGGAUUCUCAAAAUUCCUUAUGUAAUAAUAACAUCUGUGGCACAAUAAAAUACGUCAAACUAAAAGAAGUUUACAUUCUCUACAGUAUCUUGUCCAGAGGAUUAAUACGAUGUCAAUUACAAUGGAAUGCUGUUCAUGUUUGCUUGUUUCCAGUUCCUGGUCAGCAAGGUUUGCAGAACACAAAGUGUUUUAAUUUUAAAUACUCGGUGCCUGCCACAAGAGUUUUCAGAGCAGCCCUGAUGCGCAUCCAGCCUCUGCUCAGCGGGUGCUAGGGUGUCCUUCCCCAGGGAUAAAGUGCCUGUGGCAUGAAACUGACCUCUCACCUCCAUCUAGUGUUGAGGUUAAGAAUGCAUGGAACUUAAUUAACGAGCAGUGACAGCUGUAACAUUGCCAUGUGCUUUUUCUCAUUAAGUAACCUUCAAAAAUCUGUUCUUCCUUGCAGUGCUGCCAAUCUUGCCUAAGGACUGGUCUGUCUAACGCUGCAGUAUUAGUGUGAUGGUAGCACAUCUGAACAUAUUUAUUUGCAAAUAAAUGCUUUUGCGUGACAUUUGGAAUUGAAGGGAAGGAUUGUUUGAUUUCUGUACAGUUGCAAGAAGUUAGUAAUGUGCGGCACAAACUAUUUAUAGGUAACGGAAAAUGAAAAAGUAUUUCUUAGGUGUGAUAACGUAUGAAUAACACUGAUUAAAAUUUGUAUAGUAGCAUAAAUUAAGCCAUGAGCCAUGGAUGCUUUGUCUGGAGACGUACCACUGAAAGAAUUGUAUCGUCGUGUUUAUGACAUUUGCCUUGUGUGUGAAUAAUUUUAAUUUAUUUCCUAAUUUAUUAAUAUUUUAAACUGCCUGUCCGCGUUACUCUCUGCUGUAUUUGAACUGUGGCCGUGCGGAGUACCGGGAUGUAGGCCUCUGUAGCGAGCAUCUGUGGAUCUGUAAAAACCCGUGCAAAUCACAAGACUGACUUCAAUCAACUGCUGCCGUUGUUACUUGUCUUCAUGAGUAGUGUACGCGCACUAUACAUUUGAACCAUCAGUUUGUAUCUUCCUGAAGCUGCUGCUUGGCAGGCCGUAAAAGCUUUUAGUUUUGCCUGUAAUUCAUAAAAUGUGUAUAAAGUGGUUGAUGGUUAUCCUUUUAUAAGAAGCUUCUUUGCAAGGCUCAUGAUUAUUAGUAUGUUAAAAAAAUCAUAAUAUUUAAACAUUUAACACAGUUAUCUUAGCGUUUAGAUUCUGUAAUUUUUUCUUUUUGCAUCUAAAUUGCAUAUCUUGCCAAGAAUAUACCUAGUGAUCUGUAAUUAUUCUGACAAAUGUUAUGAACUAAAUAAUUUUAUGAUUUACCUUGAUGUUCUAAACCUAUUGUAUGAAAUGUUGUAGCUUUUAUCAUUAUAAAGAAAUUCCUAUUGUGUUUUAAAUCAUGUCCUUUCCAGAAUAUCAGGAAUGAAGGAAGAGAAGUGGCAGCAAAUUGGGCGCAAGACCACGAAUGCCAAAAGGGAACUCCAAAAUCAGUUGCGUGUUUUUUAAUAAAAUACAUUUACUUUGCACAAACUCCAA